GUUCACUGUUCGUUCGCUCUCCAUCGUAAGCCACGUUGUGCAGCGAAGCGAGUGACGAUCGAGCACCGUAUUAUUGUGUGUCAGUUGAUUCAUCGGAAUCGGUCAAGUGAAUCGCUACUGCCGUAAUUAUCUGCAACGACCCAAACGGCAUUUUGUACGCUAACCCUACCGGUGACCCCUGGCAAGUGGAAUAAUUGUGAAUUUUAAUUGCUUUUUCGAUUCUGCGUGUUCUCGGGUUCUGGAGUAGCAAAGUGAGUGUGUAUUUGUGACGAUUCGGUCUUAACAUUUCGUGAUCAAGUGAUCUUCGGUGAGGCAAACGUUGCCCCUGCAGCAUGGCAUCCACAGGGGAGAAAGAUGCGACAGCAGUAGAAAUAAACAUCGAAGCCACCGACGAGCCAGAUGCCGGACGUGCCACUCCAAGACAGACGCUAUCCGCUGGUUCACCCGCCAAUGGACGUAACGGUGGCAACAAUCGAAGCCGGUCGAAUAGCCGAUCACCAUCUCGUAGGGCAAAGCGUGAUACAGAGAAGGCGCGAACUGAUGCGAUUCCGUUACUGCCCAUUCCCAACGAGUCGAAUCUGCCACGGCAGGAACCACCGAUUGCCGGGCCAGAGUUCGAUGACGAAGAUUCACUGGACAAUGGCAUUGAUUUGGACGAUCCCAAAGGCAAUCGGGGUAUUGAUAGUGGAUUUUUGGAUCCCAUCGAUAAUGGAUCAGUGGACACAACAGCUGUUACACGCCCGGGACGUCGGGGAGGACGUCGCAACCAAACACCGUCUGUCCCUGUCUAUCGGCCUGGUUUUGCGCCGGGUUUUAAUCCAGAUGGAACACGUAAUGUUGAAACCACCGAGAGUGGACAGGUCAUUCCGGACGUGAAUGUGUACCAGCAGAAGAAGAACCUUGCCCAGGGUAUGAUGGAUCUGGCCCUGCUGUCCGCCAAUGCAAACCAGCUACGUUACGUGCUCGAGUCAUACAAACGUCAUCCGUACUUCUACGUGAAUCUCAUCUUCAUCUCGACCAGCAUUAUCGCACAGGUAGCGGUCGGUAUUGGGUUGAUCUGGAAGAGCCGGUAUAACAUCAAGAACGAGAAUGAUUUUUGCAAGGCAGAUCGAAUUAACAAUCUCAUCACGAUCGGUAUCUUCAUCAUAACGCUCGUUAACGUGUUGAUAUCGGCGUUCGGCGUUGCAGAACCGUCGCCAGUUGUGUGACCAACGGCUGAUAGAUUGUUUUAUUGAAAGCGUACGUCAUUAGUGUUAAGAGUAGUAUAGAACAGAUUGUGCGAAGUAUUCGCACUUACUCAUUGCUUUUAGUAAUGUAACUGAGUACUCAAAAUACGUUUAAAACGGGCAUUUUAUUUUCUAUCUCUUUGAUGUAACGUGUUAAAUAUUUCGGAUACCAAUGCUGCCUUACCGACAACAACACGAAAUGUCGGUCGUAUUAAGCAAUAGUUUAUUUCCUCGUCUUAAAAAUUGUUUUUAUUUUUGAUGAAUAAUUGAUUCGUACUGUUGGAUAAUGGCUGUACAGAUAGAACGAAACUUGUAAAAGCCGUACAACUUUGAUUAAAUGACAGUGUUUAUAGAUAGACCAGACCCAUUGCACUUGAUAAAAAACGAUUUUUAGGUCACUCACCAUUUACGCGAUUACACCAUCAAGAGCACGAUCACCGUAGGAAAUAAAUUAAACUUAACGACAAAAUACAAUAUUUUCUCGAAUUUGCUCCUGCUUGAAGUAGAUCAAAUAGUCAAUUAAUAAUAAAAGUUUGUCAUUCAGCUGUCUAAAAUUUGUAAUAAAUAAUUUUAACAAUCAAAACCGAUA